AUGACUCUGCACACCUCAACCAAUCCCCUCCCCCCUCAUCACCCUCACCACCUGAAUUUCCUAUCUUUCACCCCCGCCCCCCCACCCCAAUUCCCUUACCCCCCAACACUCAGCUGCAUUGAUUUCCUUCGCUCUCCCACCCUGUACCCACGCACCCCACCUCAGCACUCGCCCGCUCACCCCGUGUCCACCAUUUUUGUAGAUUCUGUCAAUAAGAGUCUGUUUGCCUCGCCCGCUUCGCUGUACCUCUUCCCACGCCUAACCACCUACGCAUCCGUUGCGCCCAAUGUCCCUCUGACUGUGUCCCUUCUGUGUUCCUGUGUGACAUCACACAGUACCCUCAUAUACAUACUCUACUAUCCUCCCUCAGUAUAG